AUGUCUUUAUUUGCUAGAAUUAAAAAUUUAGUUAAUUCAAUAUUAUGGAAAAAUCCUGAAUACCAAACAUGUCGACCACAUAUAAACGAAUCCACUUGGGGACAUAAUGUAUUAAAACCUAUCAUCGAUUUUAUUGAAUAUGAUCUAGAGACAGAAAUCUUAAUAAGAUGGGAUGCAAUCACUAGUCAAGCGAGCUUAGAUAGAAAUAAUGAUAAAGGCCCCAUUAAAAAAUACGAUAUCUUUGGUGUGUGCAAAGAUGAAAAAUAUGAUAUAGAACUCAUUCUUGGCGAGAUAUCUCAUGGGCCCCAAGACGAAACUCAUAUUCAUUCAAUUGAAGACAGAAAUAAGUUAGGAAAAGGAGCAAAGGAUUCAUUGGAUAGUAUAUCAAGAACUUAUUCCAAAUCACCAAAUUUUAAUUUAACGAAUUUAAAAAUCUUUUUAUUGCAUUCGCAUGGGACAAAGUUGGAAUUUUUAAUUUUAGAUAAAAAAUAUUCACCAAUGUUCCGAAUGAGAAGAUUAGCAACUAUUGAAAUCCCUUUUAAAAAGGAAUCGGAUUUAUUAGAAUUAAUUAAAGUAAUGAAGGUGGAAUUAAUUAGAAUUAAAGAAGAAUUAGGGUUAGGGUUGUAUAACAUG